ACUUAAGUACUCGUUAACCAUGUACUAUCUGAACGUUUUACCGUUGUUUUUAUUUUUUAGCUUAACACUGGGCUCAUACCCACAGUAUGACCUGGAAAAGGCUCAUGAAUAUUUUGCCGAUUUUAUAAAAAAAUACGAAAGGAAAUACGAAAGCGCCGAAGAGUUCCGCAUGCGUUUUGAGAUAUUUAAGAAAACAUUGGUACAAAUUAACGAAUGGAACGCAAACAGUGAUUAUGAAAACAGUGGGUUUAUAAUCACUCAAUUUGCGGAUCUUGAAAACGUUCCACCAUGUUUUGAUCCAUCCCAAAUGAACAAUACAAUGCCAUUAACGGAGGUGAAAAGGGAAUUUAUCGUAAAUGCGCCAGACGAGAUUGACUACACCACUCAGGGGUUGGUAACAGAAGUAAAAGAUCAAAACCCUUGUGGAUCCUGCUACAUUUUUGCCGCUAUAGGAAAUAUUGAAGGCGUGCACGCCAAACAGAACCCAGGCCAACUAGUGUCAUUGUCAGAGCAGCAAAUUCUAGAUUGCAUGAGUGAAGCAACGUGUCAUGGUGGUUACUCCCUGAAUGUCAUAAAUUACGUAGCAAGUAGCCAAGGUUGCAUGUCCGAGGCAGAUUAUCCAUAUAUCGAAAAAACUAAAACGUCCUGUCGCUUUGAUGCUAAAAAAGUCAAAGCCAAAGUAAAUCCUGCUCAAACUUUUAAUACACCCGAUGAUGAGUCAUUAAAAGGAGCUCUCUCCCAGAAUGGCGCACCCCUUGCAGUUACGGUAGAAGCGACUGACUCGUUUACUCGUUGGCAAGGCGCGGACGUCUUUACCCCAAAGGAUUGCACUGGAGGUGGCGCCAAUCACGCAGUACUGUUGGUAGGGUAUGGCAAAGAUGCUAAUGGCGUAAGUUACUGGAAAUUCAAAAACUCUUGGGGUACAGGAGUGGGUGAUGGUGGCUAUUACAAAUUAAAUAUGCAGAACAACUGCAGCUUCGGCCGAGUUGCAACGUGCAGUGCUACGUAAAAUUGACUGUUUCGGCAUGAACUAUUCAUUUGUACAAAACUAUUGAUUGAUACUGAUGGUUCGGAUUAGUUUCUUGAAAAUUUUAAUAUAUUUAUGGAAUAUGUUUCUAAAUUUAAAAUAAACAUUUGGCCUUGUA